AUGUUCCCUCACUUUGUAGCCCUGUCGCAACACUCCUCAUCGUCGCAGCGCGUCAAUGAGGCGAUGGAUACAGAUGCUGACAUCGUCACCAGUACCACAACGAGUAGACUCACUGACUUUGAACAAUUCGACGAACGUGUCUGUGAUGAUCUAACACUGCGUGAAGAAGUUGAUUAUGACGGGGAUGAUGGAGGUGGUGGCAGUACUGCAGGUCAGGAUGAUCGCCAGGAUUGGGAGAACCUUCAUCAGACUAGCACCCGGAAUCAUCCGGAGUCGAGGGAUGUGCUUGGGCCCAUGUCCAACGCUAAGCAAGACUUGGUCCGACGCAAUGGUGCGCGAGGUGCUUUGGCAAGCAACCAGUCAGGGCCAUCGAACACGCCACUGACGACCAGCGGAAUCAGUUCUCGCAAGUCGAAUGUGGUGAAAGAGAUUGAACGAAUUCAACAGCGUCGGGAGGAGCGUAGAGCCGCUCAGCGGGCCGCUCGAGAACAGCCUGACGUCGAUCCCAACAGUCCGAGCUACGAGUUCCUCAUGAUGAUCAGGGAGUAUCAGGAGACUCUAGACUACCGACCGCUCACCAUAACCGAUGAAAUUGAAUGCCAUCAAAUUUGUGUGUGUGUUCGCAAGCGUCCCAUGAACAAGAAAGAGCUUGGGCGUAAGGAGAUUGAUGUCAUUACCAUACCCAACAAGCAGCAGAUCCUUGUACAUGAACCCAAAACCAAAGUCGACUUGACCAAGUACCUGGAGAACCAAUCUUUCCGCUUUGACUAUGCAUUUGAUGAGAAUGCUGACAAUGCACUGGUUUACAGAUACACAGCACAACCGCUGGUGCAGAGUAUAUUCGAGCAUGGAAUGGCAACGUGUUUCGCUUAUGGGCAGACAGGAUCGGGUAAAACGCACACAAUGGGCGGGGAAUUCCAUGGGAAGGGCUUACAGGACUGCUCCAAUGGCAUUUAUGCACUGGCUGCUGCAGGUUUCAUUUUUACAUCGACACUCACGGAUGUGCGUCAUAUUGCAUUCAUCCCUUUCGGUGUGCUCAUCACGGCAAACCUUCACAAUAAAUUCGUCUCUGCAAGUAGACUUUAUCCCAAGCACUUGGCAUAG